ACGCGGGUUAUGCAUAAUGAAUCUACGCAUCAUCGGCCUUGAUAAAAAGUACUCUCAGAGUCUACGAGCUCGCCAGACCCGAAACAAGCAAUGACAACCACAGAAGACGACGACGACGAGGGAUUCGGGGAAUUCACGUUCGCGCCAAUUACUGUCCAUUCAAAUCCCAAAACCGGCGGUUUCGAUCUUCAAGAUAAAAUUGAUGACGAUUGGGGCGAUUUUGUUACACCCGCUUCGUUCUCCCGCUGCGAAACGCUCCCUGUAAAAUCACUGGAUCCGAUUCAUUUGUCCGUAGAUCGCCGAGCUGAUAGCUUGAUAAAUGAUGUGGCGCAGCCUGACUUGGUCCCGAGUCGGAAUCGGGUUCAGUGGGAGAAAACCAGGGUCACGUUGCCGUUAUCGUUGUUUGGAGAGGAAGAGAAGGAGGAUGAAUCAAGUGAGCCGGGUUUAUUAUUUAAUGGUGCAACCGAGUUGAAAAAAACCGAGAAGAAGGUGGGAUCGGAGUUAAAUAUGAGCGAUCUGAUUUCGAAUUUAUAUGCUGGGAGCGAGCCGAGCAAGGUGGUAAGUGGUACGGGUCUGAAUUUGGACUCAAAUGGAUUGGGUUUGAAGAGAAGUGCAUCGAAUUUGGAUUCAAAGGGUUCGGGUUUAAAAUUGGAAAAUUGGGAUUCUUAUGGGUUGAAAUCAGAAUCAAAGGGGUUGGAUUUGAAGAGAAGUGUGUCGAAUUUUGAAAUAAACGGGUCGAGCUUAAAAUUGGAGGAUUGGGGUUCUUAUGGGUUGAAUUUGGAUUCAAAAGGGUCGGACUUGAAGGGAAGUGUAUCGAAUUUGGGUUUGAAUGGAAUGGAUUCGAAGAUUAAUUUGGAUUCAAAUGGGUUUAAUCCAGUUUUAGACGAGGAUGAUGAUGGGUGGGAAUUCAAGGCUGCAGAGACUAAAUUACCAAAUGGAGAUUUUAAUUUUAAGAGUCAACACGAGGUGAAACCUGAAAAUGUAUCAAUGCCAAAUGUUGAUAGACUUAAUUCAAGUUGGAAUGUGUGGGGUUCAAACUCAAAUGGGUUAAGUUCAAGCGGUAAUGGAGUAAAUAAGGAUGCAAAUGGAUUUAGUUCAAGUUUAGUUGACAAAAGUGAGGAUUUUGAAGAUGAUGAUGAAUGGGAAUUUAAGGAUGCAAAACCAGAACCAUGGUCCAGCGAUAGCAAUAGUAAGGGCAACAACAAAGGGACUGGGAAUUCUGAGGGAGCUCAGCAGGCAUUUGUCUUUGAAAAUGGGGCACAGGUUUCUACUGGUUUGUUUGCUUCAUCAAAUGGGAUGACUCUGAAAUCUGGUGAAUUGGACUUCGGUUUUGAUUUCAGCAAAAGUUAUCUGACAUCAGAUGGUAUUAAUAGUUUGUUCACAAACAGUGAGCAGAAGAAUGAUAGUGGGGCACAGGUUCCUACCAAUUUAUUUGCUGCAUCUAAUGGGAUCUCUCAAAAAACUGGUCAAUUUGACUUUGGUUUUGAUUUCAGCAAAAGUUCUGUGGCACCAGAUGGUAUUUCCAGUUCAUUGUCAAAAAGCAAGCAGAAGAAUGAUUAUGAAAAUGGACUAGAUUCUACAUCUGUUAUUGGCAAUGUUGAGAAAGGAGAAACCUUAAGGGAAUUCAAGGAUGCUUUUUCAGAAACUGGAUCGAAUGAUAUGGGAAAAGACAGUAGGUCGCAGAGCCAUAGGGGAGCCUUACCUCUGUCCAUUUUUGGGGAUAGCGAACUAGAAAAUGAUGACUUCUCGGUUCAUCAAGAUGUUUCUAAUUUCAAUCUUGCUUCCUCCAGGACAGAUGACAUUAAGAAGAGUCAGGGGUCGAGGGUAUCUAUCAGUGAUCUCAUAACAAGUUUGUACAAUCAAGCUGAACCGAAGGCUUCUGUUAACCAUUCACAAAAUCCAAGUGAAAAUGGUCUUGAUUCUGUAACUAAAGCUGUGGGUUCUAAUUUAGUAGAUGGUGAUCGUGAUGGUGAUUUUGAUGAUGAUUCUUGGGAAUUUAAAUAUGCUGUUUCUGGGACAGUAGAUGAACAGAUCUCAGUUCCUGGUCUUGAAGAUCCACAUGUGAAACACUCUACCAAGGUGGAGCCAAAAAAAUUGAUUGAGCAGAAAGAUUAUGCUGAUUUUUAUACCAAACUAGAGGAUGAAUUAUGUUUUGUUGCACAGUGCCAUCUUGACAAUCUAAAGCAAGCACGAAGUACUGCUGCUCUUAGUGGUGAAGAUGAUAAGCUAGAAGCCAUUGACAAGGAAAUUCAGGAUCUGUAUAAUGAAUUGCACCAAGAUGAUAUUAUUUCCAAAGUUCACUCAGAGAAUCAGCCACUGAGCAAUAAUCACCUUAAUGAAUUCGUUGAAGUUCUCCAGGAACCGAAGUUUCAUGUGCUUGAGGCAGAAUAUCAAUUAUCGAUGAGAUUGUCACUAGCAGAGAAAGAUUGGAGGUCAGCAAUUGAACUCCUAAAACAUGCGGCAUCAACAUCAAAGAUUCUAAAGUUGGGAUCAUGGGAGGAGCAGUCUUCUUUUGUUUCCACUUGGUUUAAAAUGGUGUCUGUUUGUGUGCAAGAGCUGAGACAUGGUGCCUUGAUUUGGAAAGAGUCAUUAGAAAAGAAUGUCUCCAGUCAAUUCUUUUCUGACUCUCGAGGCAAGCAGUAUAUACUUGCACUCGGAGAAAUUUACAGGGUUGUUGAAGUUCUUGGAUCCUCAGCCAAACUUUACAAGCCAUUCAUGCUAUUGAGUUCUGCAAAUCCCUUUGACAUGUUCGCUCUUCUAAGUGAGUGUUUUACGUUAUGGUCAAGUUCAGGCCUUGAAGAGGCUGUCAGAAGCAUUUCUGAUCCAACAGGUUUUGAGUGUAAUGUAACUCCCAAGGAAUUACUAGAAUCCAUCAAGCAUAUUCAUGAUCUUGAUGCACUUGCACUUCAUAACCAUGUUUUCUCUGGACAAGAACCUACCUGUGGGCUAUCUCUCCUAACUUCUGGAGCAGUGCCUGAUAUGAAAAUGGUGGUAUGGAAUGGUGAGCACUAUUUCCUACCUCUUGCAAACUUGUGGGCAAAUCUUGUAACGACUGAUCCUCCAGACUUACCGCAUCUGCAUGUUUGCUAAUGAUGAUACCAGUGGAAGUUGAAAUUUUCUAUUGAGAAAUUCCCCAGUCUGAGUUGUCAAUUGAAUCCCAGUUUGAUAAUGAUGAUAAAGCUUCGGGGGCAUCAAUUGCAGAGAAAGGACUGUGCUCUGGUAUAAAAAACCACGGUUUGAGUUUCUGGGAACCCGAUGACCACACUGCCUGAUUGAUCAAACAAAUUUUCUGAUUCGAUAUUGCAUUACUUAAAUUGAUUGCCAUUCUUUUAGUGGAAGCUGUAUCAUAGCUAUUUAGCGCAGAAAAAGUUGUAUUUGUUAUUUAUAUUUGAUUGGGUGGAUCAAGAGGACAAACACCCAUAAAGGAAGGGGAAAAAAUAGAAAUUUUGUGUAAAAACAGAUGAGGAUAUCAUUUUUACUUCGCUGUAAUGGUGGCUGGUGAGUUACAGAGUCAUAUCACAUAAAAAAAUAAUAAUAAUAAGUUGGUUUAUUUUUGGUUGUCAAA